AUGAAGAUUUUUGAAUGCCUUGUCUAUGCUGCCACCAAUACUAGUUCUAGAUCAAAGUUUGACCCUAGAGCAAAUCCAACCGUGUUUCUGGAUUAUCCACUUGGCUACAAAGAUUAUAAGCUUUACAAUCUACAAACCAAACAAUUUCUCAUAUCAAGGGAUGUGAUAUUUCAUGAGGACACCAUAUCUUUUGCUCAAAAUCCUUAUACUCAACUCAACAAUGAUAUUUUCUUUGAUUUUGUCCUCUCCAAUCUAAUAUUAGAUUUUGAACUGUUGCCUAAUGUUCCAACAAUUCCAACCGUACCUAAAAUACCUCAACCAUCAACCACAACCAAUACGCAAUCCCAAAUUCUCCCUCUUAUAGAAAACCAAAUCUCACCUUCUACUUCUAUCCAACUUAAAAGAUCCACCAGGACUAAACAUACUCACUCCUACCUUCAUGACUACAUUUGUCAUACUAAAUCUUCUUACCCGAUUUCAAACUUCAUCAACAACCAUAGAUUGAACCACACUUAUCAUAAUUUCGUUUACCAAGCCAAUCUUAUUCUUGAAUCACAAUUUUACCAUCAAGCAGUUAAACAUGAGGAAUGGAGGACUGCAAUGAAAGAAGAACUUGAAGCUUUGGAAGCCAACAACACUUGA